AUGCCUCUUCAGCCCCUGUCAUGCACUCAUUGCCGGGAGAAAAAGCGCAAAUGCUCACGAGAGACUCCCACCUGUAGUCGAUGUCACCAGUUCAAGCUCGACUGUGCCUAUCCUUCCAGGUGGCGCGGACGACGAAUAGAACGGCGUGCUCCAGGAAGCCCAGCCAACUCCAAUGCCAUAUCGAUCAAUGCAAACGGGUAUCUCACCUCUAAGGCGAAUGGACUGCAAUUAUUGGAUGCCUACUUUGCGCUCUUUAUCCCAUCGACUUUCGUCUGUCACCCUUUGCGGCUGAAAGCUCGGUAUAAUGAUGAUAGCCUUCCGAGCUGUGUGCGUGACUCUGUUUUUGCCAUGGCAACUCUAUUACAAUCUGCAACUAUGACAAGUCUAGCUAGCAACACCCGAUCCACGUCAGAAGCAACACCUCUAGGAGAGACCUGGGCGCAACAAGCUAGCACAAAUGUUGUUAACCAGAUGAACCGGCCAUCGUCGGAUGUCCUUCAUACCCUCUUUAACCUGAUGACUUACUGGUGCGCAGUGGGUAGAACACAAAAGUGCAGGGAACAUGCCAAAAUGGCAUUGGCGACCAUUCGGCAACUGAAGACGCAAGGGCUGGCCUCAGUCAAUAGAUCCGGUCAACUCGAGCGCUCUUCCUUUUUCGUGGGUAUUAUCAGUCAAUGCAUCACGGAUGACAAUGAAUGGGUAGCUCCGAGCACUUCAUUCGCCUUAACCGGCCCGCUUCCGUCCUCCGAAGUCGAUCUUCAUAGUCCUAUCAGGGCACAUAUACUGAAAUUUAUUCAGCACUGGAUUAAAAUACGUUACUUUGUUCGCGGUUUGCACGCGGAUACGGACCCAGGAAUGCAAUGGGGGACGCUGUUCAACUUAGACGUCGAAACUAGAAGAUUGUACGAGUCCCUCCCACAAAGUUUGCGUGAUUUCAAUGGCCAGCGAUGUCUUGAAGCAGACUUUCGUGAGAGUCUGGGACUACAGACUCUUUACCAUAUGUGCCGGUUCGUUCCCCAUAUAGCCAUGACUCGAUUGUUCCAAAAGCAGAAGUCGCCUGCAGAGGAGUAUGUACAACUAUGCGCACAGAUUGCAAUACGACAUAUAAACCAGGUUUCGGAUGUUAUCAUGAACUCCGUUACAUCAGGACUGGCCUCGUUUCUAACUCUGCCACCAUUCGUUGCAUACUGCUCUUUCACCUCCGUUUCAGUAUACUUGAGCUAUCUCAAUUACUGUGGUAAAAGUUGGAAUGAUGCCAAUGAUCCCACCGUUUCCCUCUUAAGAGGGAGACUCCUGUCUAAUCUGUACUUCCUAAAAAAGGCCCGAUGCAUUUGGACUCCUGUAAGGGUUAUGUGGGAGGCAAUACAGAUGGAUAUGGCUGCUCUGGGCAUCUCAAGCGCUGAUGUUGAGGCCUAUGGUAGAUCUCCAAUAAAUAUGUCACCCCUUUCCGAUAGAGUGAACCAGAGAUCACACAACUCACCCCUGGCAUAUGCUUUUGAGCCUCAGGUGGAAACCGAAAUGAUGUUCAGUUUUGCACAUAUCGUUGACUAUGUUAAGCUGGCCGAUCCUGUAUAUAUCAUAAUCGGCAUUCUCCGCUUAUUUCAAGUCGGCAGCCAAUACAGCGUGAUGCCACCUUCCAGCAGGAAUAGCCAAGGCACCAGGCAGACACAAGGGUUCGCUGGUAAUGCUCAGCAUGCCGUACAAAUGUUUCCUAGCAACCCAUCCUACCUACCUUCCUCUCGUCCUCAUCGGUCUCUUCCCUCUCAAUCCGAACAACGAACUGCGGAUCCCCCAGCGCCCGAGUGCGCUUUGCAGUCUUCAAUGAACAGACACGACACUGCGGACCCAGUAUAUCCUAGCACGCAAUUAGGUGGCGCGGAGGAGAAUCCAGCCUUAUCUCUGGGAAUGUUACAGAUGAUGUGGCUUGCCGACGAAGAUCUUUCGUGCCUGUGA